GCGCUCAUGUGUUCUGCGAGCGAAAGACACCCCCAAGUUCUGCGGUUGCUCCUCGAGGCCGGUGCCGACAAGAAUGUGUGUGAUAGAUUCGGGCAGACAGCGCUGAUGCUGGCAGAGGAAGCAGAGGAAGCCGACGAUGAAAUCCUCCGACUUUUGGAACCCGUCGCAGAGGAUGACGACGGAGAGCUUUCGGAAGCAUGA